AUAAAUAUGAAUAUAUUUUGUUUUAAUUUAAUUAAUUUUAAUUUAAUCGUGGAUAUGUACAAAUAUAUUUUUCUGUCUCGCUAAUUUCCCAAAUUUACAACUGGCGUAGGGUUUAUGAAAAGCCGAUUCAAAGUUUAUGAAAAGCCCAUAUGAAUCCACCCUGACGAAUCCUGCAUUUCACGUAUUUCUUGGGCGUUGUAUAGUGCACUAAACUCCGCAGUUUCUAUAACUAACUUCCGAUCUCGGAAACAACAAGCCUUUAAGUACAGGUACUACUGUGACACCUCAGACUGGCCACAGAAAAGUCCGAAGUAGGCUACUGUGGCUACCGUCCGGAGCUCAGCUGGUCAAGGCAGCACAAUACAUUUUAUAUCCAGCCUUCCCGUCUAAUGGACAUAGCCUACUCUUUGUAGAUAUUUUUGAAACCAGUUUCUAAAAAAGAAAUAAAAGAAACUGCGAGACCAUGAGCUCUUACACUCCGGAGGACUUUGACUUCACUUUCCUGGAGGAGGGAUUUUGUGCCCGUGACUGCCUUGAGCAGAGGAUCAAUGAGCUGUCCAUGUCGGACGACAAAGACGCCUUCUACGUGGCGGACUUGGGGGAGGUCCUGAAGAAGCACCUGAGGUGGGUGCGUGCCCUGCCCCGCGUCACGCCCUUCUACGCCGUCAAGUGCAACGACAGCCGCGCCGUUGUCAUGACGCUUGCCACUCUGGGGACGGGGUUCGACUGCGCCAGCAAGAAUGAGAUCCAGCUGGUGCAGUCUCUCGGGGUGGACCCCAGCAGGAUCAUCUACGCCAACCCCUGCAAGCAGGUGUCCCACAUUAAGUACGCCUCUGCCCACGGGGUCCAGAUGAUGACCUUCGACAGCGAGGUGGAGCUCACGAAGGUCGCCCGUUACCAUGAAAAUGCCAAGCUGGUGCUGCGCAUCGCCACAGACGACUCAAUGGCAGUCUUCCAGAUGAGCAAUAAGUUUGGGGCGACGCUGGAGAGCAGCCGACUGCUCCUGGAGCGCGCGCGGGAGCUGGGCCUCGACAUCAUCGGGGUCAGCUUCCACGUGGGCAGCGGCUGCACCGACCCCGAGACCUACAGCCAGGCCAUCUCAGACGCCCGCUGCGUCUUCGACAUGGGAGCGGAGCUGGGCUACAAUAUGACCCUUCUGGACAUUGGCGGGGGAUUCCCUGGGUCCGACGACUCCGAUCAGAAGUUUGAGGAGUUCACAGCUGUUAUAAACCCAGCGCUGGACAAGUACUUUCCACCCGACUCUGAAGUCCAAGUAAUCGCUGAGCCAGGCCGCUACUAUGUGACUUCAGCCUACACGCUGGCGGUUAACAUCAUCGCCAAGAAGGUGGUGAUGAAGGAGCAGUUAGCCUGUGAUUAUGAAAAUGAUGGGGCCAACAACAGGAUCCUGAUGUACUACGUGAACGAGGGGGUCUAUGGUUCGUUCUUCGAUGUCCUUUUUCAGCAUGUCCUGGCAAAUCCGCAUAAGAAACUCAAGCCGGGUGAGCGCACCUACAACUGCAGUAUCUGGGGCCAGACCUGCGAUGGGCUGGACCGCAUUGUGGAGCAGUGCAUCCUGCCUGACCUGCAGGUGGGCGAAUGGCUGCUGUUCCACAACAUGGGGGCCUACACCAUCACCAUGUCCUCCAACUUCAACGGCUUCCAGAAGCCCGACAUCCACUAUGUGAUGUCCCGAAGUGUGUGGCAACGCAUUCAGCAGAUCUCCACUCAGGGGCUGCAUGGCCCUGUUGAAGAGGCCUGUCCCAGCGACCUGCCGUCCUGUUGCAGGAGGGAGAGCAGCCUGGAGCUGCCGGCCAAGCCCUGCCCCACCCGUGUACAUUCAGUCCCAUAAUGAAUGGGGGGGGGGGGGUUGCUGACUUCCUGUACUUUCCUGUUUAAAAGACCCAUACUUGAAGGGUAAUUGUUUUUUACGUUCAUCCUUUCUCAAGAGUGUAGGUUGUGAAUUAAUUGGGGAAUUAUUAUUAUUAACUUUUUUUGCCGGUAAAAUUGUGUUGGAAUUUCGUUUGCAUCAACAUUUCCCUGCCUUUACACGACAGGUGAUGAAACCUCUUCAGAAUCCUUCUGGGUUCCCUUCAUAUUCCUAUCCGCUAGCACUCUGUUCUUACAGUUACUGUAGGAUUGCUAUAUAGCAGUGUUUCUUAAGCUAUGGGUGCGAUGGAUUGGAUUAUAUCUUCGCCGCCUGAAUUUUCCUGAAUAACACCAACGGGGCAAACCAUGGCCUUUGUUUCACAACGAGAUUCAGUGUGGUCUGAUUUUUCUUUUAACGAAUACAAUUUCAUGUAUACAUAUUGCGUGUUUAAGUCUGAGUACAUUAAUAAUUGGAUCAGCCACGGGUUACAGGUGCACAAGUUUAUACAGUUACAUGAGAUGGUUAGAUGGAGUUCUAACAUCAUAAUUCUGGUUAGUUAUUUAUUAAAUCAAUCAGUCAAUUCUACUUGGUUAUGUGGGUUUCUUGAUUGUAGCCUCUACUUUUGCUUCACUCAUAUUUUCGUUUUCGGCGCCGCCAUCUACUUCCGUCCAGUUUGGCUCUUCGCGAGUCGUAGCCUGGCUCUUUGUAUGCUGAGGAGAGGUUGCUAGCACAUCGCUCAGAUACUCUUGCUGCUCUCGAUCCUCUUUAUCGUCACGCGAGUUGUGCAGUCGGUGUAUGUUUCUUCAGCCCAGGUACUUUACGCACCGCAGAGGGUUAUCACUGCGGAGAGGCUACUAGAACAUUCAAUGCACAGUGACUCUGGUCGCUCUUUUUUUCUCGCAGUGCUGGUGGUCUUUGCUACACACAGAAGGUUCUCCACAGGUGCAUCUAGCGUAAGCCUCCCAGAACCCAGGAUCGUUCACCAGGCGGGCGGCUUGUGGAUGGCUUGUUCCAGCAUUCCCAGCCAGCACCUCCUCUCACACCCCAUUCGCAAAGAGGGUUUCCAUAUUGAUUGCGAUACUCGUUUGGUCCUGUUUGAAUGACAGUUACAGCAAAACACCCCACCCCCCUUGCACCGUUGUGCGUCUCGUGUAAUGGUUCAUUUUCUUUUCUUGGGGUCAAUUUACCACACCCAACGAUGGAGGGGUCAUUAUUGAUUAGCCACACUGGUUCUUCUACAAUCAUUUUCUCACACUUAUCUACAUUGGUAAUGUCCCUUUCCAGGUUAGUCGUAACCAGAAAUUGCCCAGUGACUGAAGUUACCAACCUUUUGACCAGGGACUGAAUUAAUGGAACUACACAACAUGAGGCGAAUAACAACACCAACAAUACUAUCCCUAUGAUCACCCUUAUUUUUACCAGAGCCGUUUUCCAUGUUGACAUGUUAAACCAGUCCCACCAUGACCACCCCUUAGAUUUUCUCUUCGUGUUUCUAACGCGUUCGUCUCUCAGGUUUUCCAAUGCCUCUAAUACUGUUGUUAUGUUACCCCCCUCUCCUGUGUGUAUUGAAAUGACUGUACAACAUUCUUCCCCAAUCCGUUCACAUACCCCCCGUUUCUCAGCUAGCAUCCUGUCAAGAAUUAGCUUAUUCUGUAUUGUCAUAAAUGACGUGGCAUGCAAUUGUUCUUUCACCCCAGCUAGGGCCUGAAUGGUGUAAUUGAUAAACUUCUGUUGGUUAUACCACCGAUGGUUUAUUCAGUGACUACUCUUGUGUGUUUGUCCCCAGGGAAGCAACGCUGCACCGUAAUCUAUGGGCGCUUUACUCAUUAUCUCAUGUUCCUCCGGUACUCCCUUCGGCCAUCCUGUUGUAGGUUACCCGCACUCUCUUAUCCUCCUCCCACUAUAUUUCAAACUUGUUGUUGUCCUUGGGAGGUUCGGUGCCUGGAGACAGACGGGCUCUGCUGCAAGGCCUAGGAAUUUAGUGUUGCUCAGAAUUCUAAUUUUGCUAGAGAAGACUCGUCUCCCUUCAGUACUUAUUCCAGCAAUAAGCCUCGACACAUAUGUUAUGCCUUAGGUUGUCUCUUUGCGGAGAUCUUACCCGUCAUUGGAGCGAGUCACAACACACUCAGUUGUCAACCUCCUUCUGCGAUCUGUGGUU